GUAGCGUUCUUUUGCAUUUUCUAUAUCAAGGUUAAUGGCGAUGUCCCAACGUUCUUUUGUCUAAGUGAACUUCGAAUACUGCAUGAUCACUCUUUCUUGUAGGUGGAAGGAAAAUUAUUUGACUAGCGUCACCACCUUGUUAGAAAACAGUCCAAGAGAAACGAGUUUUUUUAAAGUCAUAUGUGGUUGGAUCUCUGAUGUGUUAGAAUAAAGUUAGGGCGAUUGCUGUUCUUAACAAUUUGCAAUCAAACUAUGUUUUUAAUGACCCUACUUUUAGGUUUCCCAAAUUUAUAGAGGGUGCAUUAAAGUUAUCCACUACAAGGUUUUUACAUCUGUUUGGUCAGGAUUUAAUUUAGUAGUCGAUUCAAAAGAAACGUUGGAGUAAAUUCUUUCUCGCCUAUAGUGUCGAACUGAGGAGGUUGGUAUCUCCUGCCGUCCAUCUUUCAAUGGUAAAUCUGUCUGGUGCAUGGUUCAAAUUCCGACAAUAGAAUACCAGUUGAAGAGAGUAUUAUCGUUUUAAAUAAAGAAACAAUCAUAAUGAGGUGGAUCCCUUUAGAAGCUAAUCCUCAGGUGCUAAAUGAAUAUAUGAAUAAACUUGGAGUUGUCGAAGAGUCAUGGAAAUUUAUAGACAUUUUUAGUUUGGAUGAUGAUAUGCUUGCAUUUGUACCAGAACCCGUGAUAAGCCUAUUAUUUUUAUAUCCUCUUGAAACUCCCAUUGAAAAUGCUUCAUUGGGUGUCGAGGAUAACUCAUCCAAAGUUGUUUUGAUCAAACAAACGGUUGGUAAUGCUUGUGGAACUAUAGCUUUAUUACAUGCUAUAGUAAAUAAUAAACAAAAACUAAGCAUCAAAGAUGGUUCCUUCUUGAGCAGCGUUUUAGAGGAAUUCGAAAAUAAGACACCCGCUGAACGUGGACUUAUCUUGGAGAGUAAAAAAGAAAUUUCCGCGUUGCAUGAAAAGUCAGCGCUAGAAGGUCAAACAGAAGCACCAAACGCUGAGUCAAAAACUAAUUUGCAUUUUGUAUGUUUUGUUGAACAUGACGGAUCUCUAUAUGAACUCGGUAAGUUAUGCCUAUCGUAAUAAAUCUAAAACUAUGGGUCAGUGAUGUGUAUAUUUGAUUUUUAAUCGUUGAGCCACACGUUCACAUAUUAUCUCACCUUUUACUUUACUGAGUGACAUCUUGUGUUCUUAUACAACAAAUAUGGUUCUACGAUUACAGAAAUUUGUAGUUUUUCUUAUUAAGUCGCUUACAGGAAUUUUCUGAAUAGUCAUUCUUUAUAUGUUUGUUCAUGAUAACUGAUACGAUCCUCACAAAUUGAUUUCAACAGGUAGGCCACGAUGGAUUGGAAAGUUAGUGACCUACAAACUGAUUUCCUCCAAUUGACUAUAAUACUCAUCAUACUAUAUUUUUUGUUGAUAACUUUUACAUGAGCCAGUCACUUUGUUACAUAAAAAAUCUAUCCUUUUGCCAGUUGUCUUGUUUAUGAUCUCCAAUAAUUCGGUCUCUUGAGAAACCAUCAUUCAGCCGCAUCGAAUCAUUGGAUGUUAUUGAUCGAUCAGUAUUUGAAUUAUUGAUUCUGACAAUGCAAAAUUCGUUCAUCAAACUAUAGAACCCUAAUCCAUAAAAAUAACAUUAAAAUUUAGCAUCAACGUAGUUAUUCAUACAACAAAGUAUUGACAGAAAUCAAUCUAUUUCACUAUUUUGAAAUAACUAUCACCUUAACUUCCUUAGAAGCAAAGAAGCUUAUUCGUUUCCACAAAAUUUAAAAUCACUUCUGACCGUCAUAAGUAUUGUACUCUAGGGGUUAGUCUUCAGCUUUACUGAAAAUUGACUCAUCCAGUUAGAUGUAGGUAUGACAGUAGCAAAGAUUUGAUUACUGACUGCACUCAAUGUUCACUUCUGAGUACUCAUUUUGAAUCAUGACAAUUAGUGUGGAAUAAUGGUUUGCUGUAUAAAGCAUUGAAUUUUCAGUCAUUGAGUUAAACGUUCGAACUUUUAGUUUUGACUAGCCGCGUACUAUUAUGGCCCUCACGAACGAGCAAAUAAAUCUACAUGACUGCUGGACCGUAUAAAUGAGGAAUAAUUAGUUUUAACUGAAUAAUUAUUAGUUUAUCUGUAAGUAUUAACUCAGUUGAUUUUUUUCCGUAACAUGAGACUAUGAUAUCAUGCUUUUGGUUUGUCGGUUUUUAAGGAUGUUACUUUCUUUACGAUCACAGUCACCAUUAAAAUAAUGUAGUUUAAUAUCACAAAUCUAUUCAAUAUGUUUACAUUAAGUUACAUUAAUCAGGAUCGAUUAAAAGUUUCUGUCAACGAUUAUCUGGUUAUGAUUUUCAUCUUUUGUCACAUUUAUUCAAAAUUCAUUAUCACGUUUAAUAUAUUGUACAAUAGAUAAUAAAAACAUUUUCAAUUACAUGUGUACAGAUUUUAUUUUCACAUAAAGCGAUUUUCAGAUUGUUAUGUAACGUCAUUGGAAUUCAAAAAUAUAUUCUCACGGCUUGAGAUAGACCAUACUGCUGUCGUGUCAUCAAGUGUGCAAAAGAACUGGGCCUGAAUAAAGCUCACUACACAUUAAACAAACUUACUUUUUAUGACUGUGAAUCAUAUUCUGUGAAACAAGCAAUACUUCUGUGUGAUUUGCUAGUCAGGAUCAGAUCUAAUUAUUUUACUUCCAUAACCCAGAUGAUUUUGAUCGAAUGCUUAAGGUCUAUAAUAACAGUCUCAACAAAUUUUCAUCAGUAUUUUUUCUAAAUACUUUCUCCAGUAACUAUUAAGUCUGUAAGCAGAUAUUGUCCCUUGUGCAAUCGUCAUUUAUGAAGUCCAUUCAUUUAUGUGAUUAUAAUUAAAUAGAAGUUUAAGGCAAUUAAAAUGCUGUCGUACGUUCGAAUUUAAUCGUCAAAUAAUUCCUCUGUAUAUGUUUAAUAUAACUGUUUGUCAUUUAUCAUACUUUUAAACUCCAGUGGUAUACUCUUGUGUUUCUUGUCAGAAUUGAAUUAAAGUGGAAAGGUUAUUUUAAUGUUUCAUUCUAGAUGGUCGAAAAAAUGCACCCAUUCUCCAUGGAUCGAUAACAUCAGCUGGUUUUCUGAGAGAUGCAUGCAAUGUAGUCAAAAAGUUCAUCACUUGUUUACCUGGAAGUGUAGAAUUCAGUUUGAUGGGGUUAUGCUCUGAUAAUAACUGACUAUAAUAAUAAUAAUAAUAAAUUUUUGUGUUUUUUGCAUUAUUUGUAUAUCUCCGUUUCAACUAUGUGUAACACAUCACUUAACUGCAUUUUCUGGUUUACAUUACUAUUUGGUUUUUGUACGAUUUCUAUAAUUAAAAAACAAAUUGGUC